UUGAAUCAUCACAGUGAUUUUUACAUGACGAGCUAACAUUACAAAUAUCGAGGGAUAUACCCUGUCUUUUAUUUCGAGAAGGGGCCAUGACUUACAUGGGGAUCCCCAGAGUAUUUAAUGCUCAUUUUGAGCUACACACACCCUAUUAGGUUUUGCGCUUUACUAGACAACUCCCUGCAACAUCAAGAGGCCCACCAGUGUGCCAUCUCCCCAAUGUCCCUUACAUGGCUUGGGUUAACCCGGAGCUAUGGUAACGUUUACUUGUCCAUAUUGAAUCACCACCAACGGGAAUUGAACCCUGGUCUCCCGCACAAAGUACCAGAGUAAAAUAACUACUAAACUAUGGUGCCUUGCUUGCCCACACUUACGCUCCUGGGUCCUUAAUUGGCUGUCCCCAGCUCUCUAGGUUUGGAGAACCUCAUGCAUGAUUAGUUGGGUAGUUGAAUGGAAAAGUCAACACCACAAACCAUAUUAUAUACUUUUACAUUUGUAGUUGUGAUAAACUUUAAACACAUGUUAUUUCCAUUCCAAACUCAAUUUAAAUUUUGAUCUUCACCAUGACAAUAUAAAAAGAGUUCAAUCAUGCUUGUCACCAAAAAACUUGACAUGUAACCUGCCUAUUAGACCUUACAGCCUUACCAUUCAUAUAACAUAACAUAUCCAUAAACAGUGUACACAAAUUUGAUGAUAGUUAUUUAGAAUGUUCACUAUAUUCAAGAGAUCAUGGUAUCACUUAAUGUUGGGCUUUCUUUCUGGUUGCUGUGCUGCAUGUGCAUCGGUGUGUGGAAAGUUUGCUUUUGGAGAUAUUGAAUUGUUUAGAAAUUAUACUGCCUUUACUUUCCUGGGUAAUAUAUUUGAUGGGGUUAUUGUAACUAUAGCAAUUCGAGUCUCGAUGUUUUCACUCUUGUUAAUUUUUAACAUGACGAUGUGGACAUUGUUUACAAAAGCUCUUGCAUAUUCUGUGUCAACUAUUGAAGUAACCGUCUGUAACACAGCAGCCAAUUUCUUUGUUUCGGCAUGGCUUGGUGUGAUAUUAUUUGGCGAGAGGUUAUCUCUCACUUGGUGGCUAGGUUCAUGCUUCAUUAUUGCAGGGCUGUCACUUAUCCACUCUUCUUCAAGAACACAAUAUGAUGUAAAGGAUUCGAAGGUGUCGUAACUUGUUAUUGCAGUUUCUAUACACGAUGAGAAUUGUAGUUGUUCGAAUGAUAUGCAAAAAAUUGGUAACCUUUCAGGAAUAAAUUACCUGCUUUUGCUAAAUGGUCAGAAGAUGUAUGGUAAAUUUCGGGCUGAUCAGAAAUAACUCUAUGAGUAAGCAAGGAUGAUUUGCAGUUGACUCAAUUCAUCAAAAAACAGUUUUGUAGAUGAUAUAAACUCUAUAUUGUAUGUUUUUUUAAUUUGUGGUACCCUUGUUAAAAUGAACAUAUCAAUAGUGGAAAGAGAAACUAA